AUGCUGGCCUCGAUGCUUCUGUCGCGCAGUGACACAACCCGAAGCCGCGUUCCAUUGCAAAGUCCUGCGUCGCUAUUCAGGUUUCUAAUCAUGAUGAUAGGUGUUCCAACCUUCAGAACAAUCCUGUGCGGAGGGAUACCGGAGAAGUUAAGAGAGUUCAAGAAUUCCUGCUCAAACAUGUUUGCGUCCGCGACCCCUUCGAGGCUGUCCACCGAGAGAUACUCCUUCGUUUCACCCGAUAGCCGCUCCGCAACCAUGUCGUUGAUACGCCGAACACUUGCAUUUGUGGGGGCUAGUAUGGCCCGCUCAACGAAGUAUUCAUCGGUAGCCUGA